UCCGCGUGUGUGUAGGUGCUGGAUAGGGCGGGAGGUGGCGGCUCGGCAUGGAGAAUGGCUCCGCUCCUGCUGCAGCUGGCGGUGCUCUGCGUGGCGCUGGCGGCCGCAGCCCUCAUACUGAUUUCCAUGGUUGCAUUUAUAACUGCCACAAAUGUGCCACUACUUCAUCAACAUGAAGAAGAGAAAUUCUUCCUAAAUGCCAAAGGUCAGAAGGAAACUUUGCCCAGUAUAUGGGACUUACCCACCAAACUACUUUCUGUUGUUGUGCCUUCCUACAAUGAAGAAAAACGGUUGCCUGUGAUGAUGGAUGAAGCCCUGGGCUACCUAGAGAAGAGACAGAAACAAGAUCCUUCAUUCACUUAUGAGGUGAUAGUAGUUGAUGAUGGCAGUAAAGACCAGACUUCAAAGGUAGCUUUCAAAUAUUGUCAGAAAUAUGGAAGUGACAAAGUACGAGUGAUAACACUGGUGAAGAAUCGUGGAAAAGGAGGAGCUAUUAGGAUGGGUGUAUUCAGUUCUCGAGGAAAAAAGAUCCUAAUGGCAGAUGCUGAUGGAGCCACAAAGUUUCCAGAUGUUGAGAAAUUAGAAAAGGGACUAAAUGAUCUACAGCCUUGGCCUGAUCAAAUGGCUAUUGCAUGUGGAUCUCGAGCUCAUUUGGAAAAAGAAUCAAUUGCACAGCGUUCUUACUUCCGCACUCUUCUCAUGUAUGGGUUCCACUUUCUGGUGUGGUUCCUUUGUGUCAAAGGAAUCAGGGACACACAGUGUGGGUUCAAAUUACUAACUCGGGAAGCGGCUUCACGGACGUUCUCAUCUCUACACAUUGAACGAUGGGCAUUUGAUGUAGAACUUCUCUACAUAGCACAGUUCUUUAAAAUUCCAAUAGCAGAAAUUGCUGUCAACUGGACUGAAAUUGAAGGUUCUAAAUUAGUUCCAUUUUGGAGCUGGCUACAAAUGGGCAAGGACCUACUUUUUAUACGACUUCGAUAUUUGACUGGUGCCUGGAGGCUUGAGCAAACUAGGAAAGUGAAUUAGAUUGUUUGAGAUCUUUGAUUCUUAUGUAUCAGUGUCACAUUAUUUCAAUUGAAAUUAAAUUUUAAAUAAAGCUGGGAUAGACCUGUU